AAGGUGGCGUGACGGCGCACGCGCAUCGACUUUUAACCAUCAACAGUGGACGCCAUAAAUGAUUUUCUAAAAUUAUUGUUUUUGCGUUGUGUAUAGUGAAUUAUUAGAGAUUUUUUUUUGUAAAAUACAAUGCUGUAAAAUCAUCUACACCAAGGAUUGAACAUUAAUGAAAUUUCGCCCAAAUCUUAUGGACCUAGUUCAACAUUCAUCAGCCAGCAGUCAGGGUAUAAAAACUAUGCAUCCACAAGGACAUUCUGCUUCCCUAACACAGCAAUCUUCACCAUACCAGACAGUCCUGCCACAAAGCUUGGCAAACAUACACUCAAAUCCCAAUAUUGCACACAAUUACUCAAACCAGCAUUCAUUUUCUUUAAAUAUGUCUUCUGGUUCACCUAACUUUAUGAAUCAGAACAAUCAAACUGCUGACCAGACUCCACCAGCAAGCAAUCAUCCAGUUGCAAACUCUUCUAUGUCUGGUCAGAGUUAUGGGUUCCAAAAAAUCAAUGCUGCACAGACUGGAAGCAAUCAAAACAAUAUUCAUGCACCCCCACAGUCUGUAGCAAAAGAAGCACCUAAAGUAACAGAACAGGCUCAGCCAGAAAAGUCUCAAGCCAAUGGAACAGUGGAAGAACAUGCUUCAGUUCCUAAAGAAAAAUCUGUUGUACCAACCACUCCACCCACUCAGAAUAAGGUACCAGAAAAGUCUCCAGCAGAGGAAAAGCAACCUCUGCCUAAAACACCUCCAACCCCGACCACUCCAACUAAACCAGAAAUUGGGGCUUUAAUACAGCCUAGCCCAGUACCAGAUAACAUUAAGAUUUCUACCCCAACUAAGACAAUUGACCCUGUUCCUGUCAGCCCAGCAAAAUCAGAUUCUGAAAAAGCAAGUAGUCAUUCUGAAGAUGUACCUGAUAAUGAUAAUGAAGAGGAUCCUUUACUCAUUACUGAGAAUGACAAAUUAACAAGCCCCGUCAAACAAGCUAGUAAUACAGAUGAUUCAGAAAUGAUAGAGGAAACCAAGGAUGACACUGAGACAACAAAGCCGGAACCUAAAGCAGAGCCUGUACAAAAAGAAACAGCCACUUUGAAAACACCUAAAGCGACUCCACGAAAAGCGAAAUCAAGAGAGCAACCGCAGACUCCUGUUGGUGCUAGUACACCCUCUGUGUCUUCAGGAAUAAGUUCGGCAAAAAGGCAAAGAAUGAGGACUCAGCACUAUCAGAGUCCCCUGCCUGAAGUGGAACUUGUUUCUAAAUUAAGCUCAAGCUUAUUGAAAAGUAAUGAUGAAAAAUUGAUGGUGUUUUACAAAAAUGAAUUUUUGGCAGUCAGAAAUGCAGAAUCUGGUUUUUAUUUGUGCCAGGCAGUCCAAAACAUUUACAAGGGAUCCUCCAAAAUCAAAAUAAGAUGGCUCUCACAAGAUAAGGAUAAGAAGGACGAUAAGGGGGAGAUAUACACUCCAGAUUUCUAUGAUACAAUCGAUUUUGAUUGUAUUUUAACGAAUCUAAAACUCAGCAAGGCAACCAAGGGCAAAUUCAUGCUGCCCACUGCUGAAAAAACCCGAACGCAAAGCAUAUUAAACCGAUCCAUUGCAGUGGAGAAAGGCGAGGAAAUUUCGUCUUCUUCUCUUACCGAAGAGCACCCCGAUGGUCUGGAUUUAUCGUUAUACCGAGAAGAGGACCAUUUGAAGAAGAGAAAAUCCAGAAAAAGGCCUCGAAAGGCCGAAACAAAAAAGGCGGUAAAAGAGCAGAAAGCGCCGUCAGAAAAAAGUCCCGAAGCCCCCAAGGUUCGGAAGGUUGAUGUACCGCUCAAGAAAGUGUUGAAAAAGAAGGUAGUACCUGUUAAGAAACCUACAAAAGUCGUGGCACCAGCAGCAGCCAAAAAAGUUGUCGCAGUAGAGGCACCAAAAAGUACAACGAGCGGCAGAAACAGUAGAACGUCAGCAAAAGUAAACAGCAAACCUGCACCAAAAACGAGUCCGGUCGUAGAUCAAAAAAAAGCCAAGGUCUUGGCCCGAAUAGGAAAGAAGGCCGCGGUGGCAGCGCCCGCAAAGACCGGCAAAACCAAUACAAAAAAUGCAAAACCCGCUAAGAAAUCGGUGGCACCAACCCCAUCCACGUCCAGUGGCAAAACCUCCAAGGCGAAAGCCAACUCCAGCUCCGUGGUAAAAGCCACAUCUUCUCGUAGUGUGAGAAAAUCCUCGCGAAAAUAGUUUAGGAACAAAAAAUCACAGUGGGCACAACAAGGUGACGUUUAACUUUUCUUAGAUAUUAGCGGUGCGCGAUUACUUAACGUUGUAAAUUUUUCACAUUUUUUAAUUAUAUUUUUGGUGGUGGUCGUUUAUUUUGGUUAAACAAAAUUAUAAACCAAGAUGAAACCGCUCCCGUGUUGAGUAACGCGCCAGCGAGUAAGUUCUUUAGUGAUUUUUUAUUGAUGUCGUUAACAUCUUUUUUUCUAUAGAUAGGUUGCGGUUCGUGCAUAUUAAUGUGUUUUUUUGUGAAGCCUAUAAUAUAAUUUAUUCAUUCACUUAAUCGGUAUUCUUGAGUCUUAUCGAGUGAACUAAUAAUAAAAAAGAGAUUGUUUAACAACGCCAGGAUAUUUUUGAUGACAAAUUUUAUACGUUAGGGCACCUUAUCCAAACUAAUCUUAAGUAUUAUUUUGUUCCCAUACGUAUGGGAAUUUAAAUGUAAUAGUAAUAUGGAUAUUUAGGAUGCAUUUGCUCAUUGUUUCGUUUGUACAUACAUUUGUAGGCAAACUUAAAACUCAACAUUUUCCGUUUAACUGGUGGUUUUUGAAGCCUAAAUUGUCAUAAUUUUUAUUAUUUAAGAAGUAGCCGUUAUGUAAUUGUAUUUGAUUCAAAAAGAUUUAUAUUUGAUUCGAAAGGCGAUAGAGGGUCUUUAUAAUAUUUUUACAGGCGUUAAGUACUUUCCCUAGAGAAAAUGUGGCUAUAUCACAGCAAUUCCUGUAAAAAUUAGAUUUAAAACCAGUUUAGAAAUCGUCGCUAUUGGUUUUAAUUUAUAAUAAUUUGCACAUUAGUGACGAGCUUUUCUUGCAAUAUCAUUCACCUUUUUGUUUUGGACAAAAUUGAACGUUGUUUUUGGGAAAUUGUAUGGAAUAUAAAAUGAGACAUUGUGUCAGGUUAAAUUGUUUAUUAUAAUUUUCUAAUAGAUAAAAAAUAAAUAAUAAGAUUUAAUGUAUAUGUAUAUUGUCAUUUGAUUAAAGACUAUGGAAAAUA